GAAUUGAACUCGGUGUGUUCGUGUGUAUGGUUCGUCUGUGUCGAAUUGUGUGUGCGCGCCACUCGUCUUGUGCUCACGCCGAUUUCUCGCAUUGCAUGCGAACCAACGACGACGGAGCUGUGUUGAGUGUGUUUUUGUUCGGAAUUAAAAUCGUCUGUAUCAUUUGACCUCCUUCCAUUCCCGUUGUAGCUGUGUACUCUCAACACGUGCGUAUUUGAGUGAAAAUUGUACGCUAUGUGUGCUAGUUGACAUUCAGUCGUUCUGGUGAUAAAACGUGUUUACAAAUCAAAACACACAGCUACUAGAAAAAAAAAUUCUGUUAUUGUUGCUUCUUUUUUUUUACCUCAAUAUGACAUACGCGUGCGCAUACUCGGAGUUUUUUCGGGAACACAGAUAAAAAAAAAUAAUAAAAGAAAAGAAGAAGAAGAAAAGAAGAACACACAGCAAAAAUAUGCAUAACAUACCGAAACACAAUUUAAUUUCAAGUGUAUGAAUUUAUUUCAAUUUUUUUUCUGUUAUUGCUUUUUCGUUCGUUAACAUAGUGUGUGCGCGCGCUCUAUUUUGGAUUUGACUUUUUGUGUUACAUUUCUGCAUUAAGUGUAUCAUUCUUUCGUUUCGCUCCACCAUUCUUAAUUACAGCAGAAGAUUCUUUUUUUUUUAUCUGUUACAAUUCUUGUUUUGGGAAAAAUCACAGAAGAAGAACAAAAAUAAUAACAAGCAAAAGAGAAGUUGAAAUUUACGAGCCGUCAGUCAGUCGGAAUUCACAAAUGAAACUUGCAAGGCAAUAAAUGUGUGUUGUGUGUUCAUCGUUCUAAAAUUAAUCAGAUCAUUUGCUGUCAACACAACACAACUCAGUCUGUCAAUUAAAUGUGUUAUCCUGAAUGAAAAUCAAAUCUAUUCACACGGAUUUUGUGUUUUUUUUUCUCUCUUCGAAAAUCGUAUUUUGUAAGUGAUUUUUAAAAUCAUCGUAAUGUAAACAGGAGUAGACAUAUCGAGACGAAUAAAAAUUUAUAGCACACCAACAACAACACAUAAAUGUUUAAUGUACACAUACAAAUUUUAAAUUCAUCUUGGCAGUCGUUGUUUCUGUUGCCUGUUUCAUCGGUCGGUCAAACUUUCGAACUCGUUCAUCAAAGUUCUAAUUCUGACACACAAAGUGAAACGCUGUGAAAGUGACUCGCAUGAAUCCAUAGAACGAUUUUACAAAUCAAAAGGCCAAUUCAGUGUAAACGGAAAUGUUCUAUGCUGCACACAGCACGGCACACAUAGAGUACGUGGUCAUAUCAAAAAUCGAAUCGGAUCACUUGCAAAAUAGAGCACAUUGCACAGGAUAGCACAACGGAAAAGUGGAUUGGGCCGAAAGGAAAAUCGAUAACCGGAGAAAACCCCGUAUCUAAUUUUGAGUAUUUGUAGAGAAAAAAAAAGUAGAAACGCCAGCGCGAGGAAAGACACAAACGGCGGUGAGAGGCGAAAAAAAACAGACAGGAUUGUUGGUAAUUUGUUGGCUGUUGAAAAAUUGUGCGUGCUUGUAAACAAUUAACGAUGCGAUAGCAGAAAGUUGCACUUGUUGUUGCUGGUUGGUUGGCGUGUGUGUGUGUAUGGUGCGCUGAGCUGCACUCGAAAAGUGCAUGAUAUCCAUAUUUGUUGUCAAUUUAUGUGCAGCAUAUACAACACUAAAUGUGUACGACUCUGAAAACACAACACAACACAGAAAAAAAGUUCCCAUACGUGUUCCAUAGUGUAAAUCAGUUAAAACAGUUUGUGUAUUUGACUCUCUGACAAAACAGUCUUCGUGGAGUGUGUUUUCCGUUUAUUUGCUGUGAAAUCAAAAAGAACGAAGGAAAAAAACAGCGCAAAUCGUACGUGUCAAAAUGAACUUCGAACAGCAAAGAAACAACCAGAAAAGAUUUUGAGCAGUGCGAUUUCGGAGGCAGUGACAAACAUGUGGAAGGGUGGUGACUGAAAUACAAACCGAAGAAUCGAAACGAGUCGGAGAGAAGAAAUCAGCUGUACAAUUUACAGCGAAACAUCAGAGAGACGAACUGUCAAUUUCACCAUGUAUCAGGAGAUUCAUCAUACUCUAAAACUAGCGGACUCAAAUCAAUACGAACAAAAAUCCACCGCAAAAAUUUGUACAUGCAACAAAUGCCACAAUAAUACCUAUGAUAUAUGCUUUUAUGUACCCUUUUGUACGAUAUUCGUAUGCUUAGGCGUCGUUCAAAUCAUCUCGGGCAUUUUCUAUUUUAUAACGAUUCCUGUCAUUAAACUCAUUUUUAAUGUUGCUAUCGGCUGCUGGGCCAUCCUGUGUGGGAUCAGCGGUAGCAUGGUGGCAUGCGUGUGCCCAUCGACACCGCGGAAACAUGAAUUCCUACUCUAUUGCUCGCUCUCCAUACUCAUUUUAAACAUUAUCAAUUUGAUUUUAUUAGAAAUCGGACAAGUUCGUGAAAUUUUUAAUGAGCAUUUACAAAAAGCACUCAGCAAGGAGUACGACUUGUUGGAAUCAGAGAAUGGUCGAUUCAUUACAACUUAUUCGGCUAUACUACUGAUAAUCGUCGCUUUUGUCGAAGCCCAAAUAAACUUUUGUUUCUUGAGCCGCAGCCAAAUGAAGCAUAAGAAAGAGAAGCACUCACGAAAGUCUCGCCGACCACAACAAUAUAUUGAUAAUGAUCAGACUGCCGAUUUGGAAUACGUUAUUCCAAAAAAAGUCGAGACGAAUGGUAGUAGGAAACCCUCAAUGUCGAUGGAUACAACUGUGCAGGUGUACGCCAAAUCAUGGGUAUUCGAAGGCACCGGCGAAGAAGCAUAUCAUCAACCAGGUGAUUCAUCUUCCGUAUCAAUUUGCUCAUCAAAUUCGCCAACGCGUGCGGGUGGUGGUGGUUCGACUAGUAAAAGCCAAAAGGGCCAUUCAAGCAAGCUAUCGGAUGCGACUAGCGAUCGUUUCAAUACGCAAAUGAGUAGUUUUUCGCGAUGUGCAACACCAUCGCCAAUACCGAAUAGUGGGCAAGCGACACCAACUAACGUCAUUUACGCCGAUUAUUUAAGCCCAAGUCAUAAUUCUCGAGUACAUAAAACAAAUCGCUUGACAGUCGAUUACAUUGCAUCGGUUGAUCCGGCUAUUGGAACGGUUGUCACACCGACACUAGUUGCGACUAGUUCAACCGUAGCCCCGAAAUAUACCACCAAAACACAAAUCCAAAGCAGCAACGGGCCAUCAAGCAUUUCCAGUCAACAGGAUGACAGUCAAUAUGCAUCGAUGCUCGCCGAGCUGGAGCAAUCGUUAAUCGAGAAAAAGAUUCAAGCAACAAAUAUGUCACCGGAUGACACCAGCCUUACUGCUUCCACCGAUAAAUUUGGUUCAUCAAAAUCAUCGUCGAAAGAUUUGGAGUUUUCCAAGGAAUUAGAAGCGGCACUUCAGUUGAUCCAAGACCUUGAAACACCAUCUGAGGGACCAGCCGAUGGGACACAAUCGCAAUCGGCGCAAGCUGCUGCUAAAGUGGCCCGAUCGGAGAGUGAAAAAACACUGAGUGCUGCUAUAUCAUUGCCAUCACCCGAACAAGGACCGUACAAACUGCAAACGCCCGACGCUCAAACACCACAAAACGGUAAGCAUGACGAAUACCGGCGAACGAAUGCUAUUCACAUCGAACCAAGCUCGCAAAGUACAUCAACAUCGGGCUACAGUUCCCCGAAUUCAUUCUCAUCCAAUGUACGAUUGUCGCACGCGAGCAGUGGCAUUAGCAAUAGUACGAUUCAUGACAGCGUCUACAGCAGCGAUCAGUCGAAUGUGGUUCGCAUAUACAUCGAACAGAACAGUCCAUGCACCACACCAACACCCAAUCCGACAGCAGCGAUGGCUGCCGCGAAAAUUCACUCAAACUCAAAACGAAACCACGCCAAGGACCAUGUACUGAACGAUUCCAAGGGAAUUAAAAUGAUUGGCAAAGAGAAGCAAUCAAAUGAUUCACUAAAUAAAUCGUAUCUUUUAUUUAAGAAGCGCACCAAACUGAUGCCACAUUCCGAUUUUCAAAAUCGUAUAUUUAAAUCUGAAUGCUUGGCCUAUUUAACCGACGAAGAGCUAGUUGCACGGCACAAGUGCAAUCGAGACGUAAUUCGGAAAAUUGAACAAAGCGUUGCACAAAAGAUCCGAGGGAGCCCCCGAUAUAGCGAAUAUCAUACUUAAAUGCAGACAAAGUCACACAUCAUUAUCAUUGCAUAACGACACAAACACACACACACACUACGACUUUUAAUUCCGUUAGAUAAAUGUAUUCGUAAUCAAUUGAUGUUUAACCACAUUUGCAAAGAAAAUACACGUUCAAAUUAUUUAAUUUGAACAUGAAAAAAAAACAAUUGCAAUGCGGAAAAAAGAACAAUUAUUUGCUUAAGUAGUCAAUUUUGCCAAUUUCAAAGAUUGAAAAUGUAUGAAAUUAAACAGAAAAAAUACGCGAGAGAUGAA